UCUCUGUAGCGGAAGUGGCUCGCCGGAGAGUUUCGGUUGGCUGACAGCAGAGGGAGAGAGAGAGAGGGAGAGAGAGAAAGGGAAAUGGCGCCUCGGCACUCCACUAGCUGAGACACAGUCAGAACGAAAGCAACUGGCAAGAGCUACAGGACAGGAUCUGUCUAUCAGCGAGGACAGACAGCAAUCAUGGUGAACACCAGAAAGAGCUCGGAGCACAAGCCCAUCAGUCCCUUCAUCUCGGGCCGGACGAGGUCGUCUCAGAGGAACAACCCAAACUUGGACGAGCACAACAGCCGUGUAAGGAAGAGAGAGACACCGGCAGCCUAUUCUCACCGCCGGCCGAAGGAGCCCAGCAGUGAUGUUAACAGCAGUAGCCCACGUUUGUCCCCGCCGCCCAAGCGGACACGCAGACAGACGCCACCAAGUUCUACCGAUACUUCUCCAAGUCCCCAGAGUAAAGGCCAGAGAGGCUCAUGGACCAUGUCCAAACACUGUACUAGGUUGUCCACUGGUGCCUUGCAGAAUGGACACAGUCGAAUGAGUCUGAGGGGUGAUUCCACAUCAGAUGGGGUCCACGGUCGCAUGAACGGUCAUGUUGAGCUCAAGAGAAGCCGUCGUGUCAGGAAGUCCCAGUUCGAACACCUCAAUCAGAGUUUACUUUUUGACCAACUUGUCAACAGUACGGCAGAAGCAGUUCUUCAAGAGAUGGACAACAUCAGCAGCAUACGGCAGAAUCGGGAAGUGGAGCGCCUCCGCAUGUGGACGGACACUGAACUGGAAAACAUGGACAUGUACUCCCGCGUGAAGAGGAGGAAAUCGUUGCGUAGGAACACGUAUGGAAUGCAGGCGCAUCACAAAGUCAUGAGCAAAUCAAAAGACCCAGAAGAGGAAGAAGGAACUGAUGAGUCACAUGAGGAAGGAGAGGAGGAUGAGGAUGUGGAGGCUGAUGAUGAUGAAGAUGAUGAAGGAGAUGAGGCAGAAGAGGCUGGAGAAGAGAAUGACAGACCGUAUAACCUCAGGCAGCGUAAAACUGUGCAGCGAUAUGAAGCACCCCCAAUAGAGCCAGUGAACAGGAAGCAAAGCAAGGGCUCUCUGUUCGACACACACAGAUCUCCUGCAAGAAGAAGCCAUAUUAGAAUAAAGAAACAUGCCAUUCACAGUAGUGAAUCAACUUCAUCGUCUGAUGAAGAGCGCUUUGAGAGGCGGAAAAGCAAAAGCAUGAGCCGAGCUCGUAACAGGUGUCUACCCAUGAACCUGCGGGCAGAAGAUCUGGCCAGCGGUGUGCUUCGAGACAGAGUAAAAGUGGGUGCCAGUUUGGCAGAUGUGGAUCCCAUGAAUCUAGACUCUUCUGUGAAGUUUGACAGUGUAGGAGGUCUCACCCAUCACAUCCAGUCUUUAAAGGAGAUGGUUGUCUUUCCUCUACUAUAUCCAGAAGUGUUUGAGAAGUUUAAGAUCCAGCCCCCAAGAGGAUGUCUGUUCUAUGGGCCUCCAGGAACUGGGAAGACGCUGGUGGCGCGGGCUUUGGCCAAUGAAUGCAGUCAGGGUGACAGGAAGGUGUCUUUUUUCAUGCGCAAGGGAGCCGACUGCCUCAGCAAAUGGGUGGGAGAGUCUGAACGACAGCUCCGCCUACUUUUUGACCAGGCAUACCUCAUGAGACCCUCCAUCAUCUUUUUUGAUGAGAUUGAUGGCCUCGCUCCUGUUCGCUCCAGCAGGCAGGAUCAAAUUCACAGCUCCAUAGUGUCUACAUUACUGGCAUUGAUGGAUGGUUUGGACAGCCGGGGGGAGAUAGUGGUCAUCGGUGCUACAAAUAGACUCGACUCUAUCGACCCCGCACUCAGGAGGCCCGGACGCUUUGACCGGGAGUUUCUGUUCAACCUGCCAGAUAAAAAGGCUCGAAAGCACAUUCUGGAAAUCCACACCAGGGACUGGAGCCCCAAGCUUGCUGAACCCUUCAUAGAUGAGCUAGCUGAGAAAUGUGUCGGUUACUGUGGGGCCGACAUCAAAGCACUUUGCACAGAGGCUGCGCUAGCGGCUCUGCGGCGGCGCUAUCCUCAGAUCUACAGCAGCAGCCAGCGUUAUCAGCUGGAUGUGGCCUCCAUCGUUUUGGGGCCACAAGACUUUGGUUGUGCUCUGCGCUCCAUAGUACCUGCGGGUCAAAGGGCCCAGGCUCCGCCCGGCCAGGCCCUUUCCUACGUGUUGAAGCCCCUGCUGGAGCCCACACUGGCCCAAACACUGGCCUGCCUGAUGCGAGUCUUCCCCCACACAGAGCUCCUGCACAGGGAACACACACACGACACUGACAAUCAUCUGUUGGUGAAAGACUCGUACAGCGAGGAUGAGGAAUGUCUUGGUGCUCCUUCCAUUUAUGAAACUCAGUCAGGAUCGCCGAAGAAAGCAGCUUCCUGCACGACCCAUAAACCCUUUCUCCACUUUACCACUUCUGCCUACCAGCAGCCCACCUCUUACCGGCCACGGCUGCUGCUGACGGGACCCCAGGGCGCGGGGCAGAGCACACACCUGGCCCCUGCUGUGCUGCACCACCUGGAGAAGUUCACUGUGCACCGUCUCGACCUACCCACGCUAUACUCCGUCAGUGCCAAAACCCCAGAGGAGUCCUGCGCUCAGGUGUUUCGUGAGGCUCGGCGCUGUGUACCCAGCAUCAUCUAUAUGCCUCACAUCAGUGACUGGUGGGAAGCCAUCAGUGAGACGGUCAAGAGCAGCUUCCUCACACUCCUGCAGGAUGUACCCUCAUUCACACCGCUCCUCAUCCUCGCCACAUCAGAGACCGUCUACCAGCAGCUCCCAGAUGAGCUAAAAUGCAUCUUCAGCCAUUUGUAUGGGGAGGUGGUUUGUUUAAGCAUGCCGGAAGAAGCAGCACGCAGGAAGUUUUUUUCAGACCUCAUUUUGGUGCAGGCAGCCAAGGCGCCACACCGCAGGAGGAAAACAGUGUGCGCUCUGGAGGUGCUGACCCUCGUUGAAGACCCCGGCCCUCGGCAGCUCUCGCCAGAGGAGCAGUGGCGACUGGAGGAGCAGGAGGAGAACACCUUGCGCGAGCUCCGCCUCUUUCUCAGGGAUGUCACAAAGCGGCUCGCCACCGACAAGCGCUUCCAGAUCUUCAGCAAACCUGUGGACAUUGAGGAGGUUUCAGACUACCUUGAGGUUAUCAAACAGCCUAUGGACCUGUCCACCAUCAUGAUGAAGAUCGACACUCACAAAUACUUGGUCGCCAAGGAUUUUCUUGUGGACAUUGACCUCAUUUGCAGCAAUGCGUUAGAGUACAAUCCAGACAAGGACCCCGGAGAUAAAAUCAUCCGCCACAGGGCCUGCAGUCUGAAGGAUACUGCGCAUGCCACGAUCGCCUCUGAACUGGACCCUGAGUUUGACCGCAUGUGCGAGGAGAUCAAUGAGUCCCGCAGGAAGAGAGCCUCUCAGACCACACCGCAGCUGCAAGUCCCUCCAAGCGCCACGGCUGCCAGGAAGCCUGUGGGUGAGGAGGUGGGGUUAAACAGUUCUCAGGGUGACGGAGUGGACAAGCACUGCAGCAAUAACAUAAAGCGCAAGUUGCGGCGGCGACCGAUUUGGGGGCGGGGCAUCAUCAGGAAGAAAAAGAGCUAUAAAAAAGAGGAAGAUGAUGAACUGGAAGAGGAGGAAGGAGCGGAAAACUCUGCUGCAGCGGUGCAAGGUGACGCCUGUCUCACCCAGGAUGAGUCAUCCUGUGAUGCCAUGGAGCUCCAUCCUGACAAGCAACCACUCCAGGCCAACGGACACGUCCUUUCCACGGAGGAGGAGAAUUCCUCUGAGCCGACGGCCACUCGGGACCCUCAGGGCGAGAAAGAGCCCAUCAAGGCCGACUUGGAGGAGGCUUCCAGCAGUAAGGAGGCCGAGACGGUCCCCGCUCCUCAACAGUGUGUGAAUGGAAAUGAAUCUAUGGACAGUGUGUACAGUGAGGCUCUUGAUAAAGAAACAGAGGUAGACUCUAUUAAAAAAUAUGCACUUGAGGUGGAGCAUAAGGAGCCUUCUGCCCCAGAAUGCAAUGCAAAGGAGAAUGCAACAUCAGCGGAGGGGAUGGCAUCUGAUGGCGACCAUGAAACAGAAGGUUCAUCAAAAGGGAAGCACAAGUCAAACGAGUCGGCCGUCGGACUCGAGGAGACUGUGGAACUUCCGCCACCUCCGGCUCUCGUGGUUGACCACCAGCGGCUCAAGGCUCUGUUGGAGAAGGUGGUUGUGAAAAGUGACGGCUUUAGUGUGGAUCAUCUGGAGAGAGUUUACUCAGUGCUCAGCCAGUGUAUUUACCAGCACCGCAGAGACUACGACAAGACCCGUCUGAUAGAGGCGAUGGAGAAGUUGAACAUUUCAAAACAUUCCUGUGAUGAAUAGAGGGCUUUCAGAGAGAAACGUGAUCGGAGAGUCUUUUGAUACAAGAGGGAGAGGCCGGCGUUCUGAGCCAAGUCCUUAACGCAAAGCAGGUCUGGACGCCUCGGUCUCAAAUAACAGCAGGAAGGGAAAAAAAGGUGCAGACAUUAGAAACAAAGACUUACAGAGGCGACCUUGGUGCUAUCAUCUCAGGUACCUGAAACAGAACCAAACACAAAAACUCCUGGAGGUUUCCUUUUUAAUCGUUUCGUUUUUGUACUUGCUUACAUGCCAAUUGAUCGUUCUUGGUGCUAUUGGGUGCUAUUGUUUUUUCUUCUUUUUUUUUCGUCUGCUGCUCCUUGUUCUCAUAAAUAAGCAAACAAAACACAAACAAACUACAUAAUAAAAGAUUGUGUGAUGUCACAAAGCAACCUCAGCCUCCGUCUACUGGAAGCAAACACACACACAUAAACACAGAUUCUCACCAGCAGUGGCAAACUGUAUAUGGAUGGUGUGAUGCCCUACAGCUCGAGUCAGCUGGUCGUUUACUGUGGAAAUAAACUACAUCGCCCUCUUUCUACAUCCACCCUGAUGUCACACCUUGUCACCACUGGGAUUAUCAACACUUUUUAGCCACAUAGAGAUACUCUUGCUGGAAAAAAAACAACACAUUUUGUAGGGACGUCUAGAGUUGUUUUCUACUGGAUGUUAAUUGUAAGAUUUGCAAGGAUUCUGUAUUGUAAACCAACUUUUCCUUGUGACAAAUGAGACUGUGUUCUCUUAUUUAGACUAUACUAUUUGUAGAAACCAACAAAAAUAAGCGGACAGAUUUUGAUUAAAAUAGAUCUUUUGGGGAGAAAUGGUAUUAUUUUAGACCCAUCGCAUAUUUCCCCCCUUGGAAUAGUUCAUGGGCUUUUUUUUUACUUUAAUUUUUGGGCUUUUUUUCUGGUAUAACUGGAUUUACGAGUAGAUAUCUGGAGAUUGCACUGCCUAGCAUGUGCCUUAACCUUUGAGAUAGGCUGAAAAACAUAGCUGAAUAUUGACUAUCAAUGUUUAUGGACAAGCCACAGGGCUACAAACCAAUAAAAAUGUGGGGUAUGUUUGCCAAUCUCUUCUCAAGUCAACAAGCAACAUCUGCAUGGUUUGAGAGUCACGUUGCUCUGUCAUACAUUGUGGCUUUCUUUUGCCAUCCAUUUUUAUUGUAACAUCACAUAUUGGAGUAAAAAUAACAGUGUUUUGGUAUGUAAGCGUUGACGUUAAAAUGGCAGUCUAGGCAGUGCUGAAUUUUUUAACAUAAAGCAUAACUGUAUUUUUGUUAUUUUUUUAUUUUCCGUGUGACCUUUCCAUUGUGUUAACUUGUGCGAUCUAAUAUUAGCUGUCGCAUUAAUAACUUGAUUUCCGUCAAUUUUGGCAUUGUGUAAGUAGCAUUAACCGAGUUCUCCCUCUCAACUUUUGUUAACUCUCAGCUUUAUAAAGAACGUUGAUCCAAGUGCAAGAGUCCUUGUGACCUUGUCUAGGAUUCGGUGCUAUAAAAACAGGAAAAGAGGAAAAUAACACUUUUUAAGACAUAUGCAAAAGAAAGGAAAAAACAAACAAACAAACUAGGAGUUAGCUGUUAGCUUUGGACUACUGCAGUGCGUGUGAGAGACAGAACCACAGCUACCUCAGCAAGUUGUUUUCAUGCGAAGAGACAAAAGUAAUGACCUGUUUACUGACAAACCGUAUUUGUUGACCUCUGCAAUAUCACUGCGCCCUUCAGAAAUUCAAGCUAAGGUACUGGAUCACCUCUCCGACAUGAGUGCGUCAUGUGGCUGCUGCAGUAAUCCUCUGCUUUGUUCGCAUUUUUGCAUUAUAUUUCGUUUUUUGGGUUGUUCUGCGUUUGAGCCGAGAAAAGAAAUGGCAUUGUAAUAUAGCUGAAAUGUUAUUUACUGUAUAGUUCAGUUUUUCUACGUGCAUCCCAUGAUUUACAUUUUAUUGGCCAUGUUUGUGUUUCUUCAGUCCAUUUCAUGAUCGUUUCUGAAUUCACAGUCGCAUUUUCCUUCAUGCUAUUGCCUGUCCAUUUGAUCUUUAUAAAAUUAUUAAAAAAAGUCGUCAUAUGUUCAACAUUUUGUUCAACCGAAACUAAUUGGAAAAGUUGUUACAUGAAAUUUGCGCCGAGACACAAUGUAGCACAUUUUUGUAGCAGGUGUUGCACGACGUUCAGAAACUGGGUUUACUGGUCUCAGGUCUCUGCUACAUUAAUAUUUAUUCCAUAAGGGUGGAGAUGAUGGUGGCUAUGAUGCUUUUUAAUUUUUAAAUAUUAUUGUAGAGGAUGAGGGGGAGGUUCAUGCGGCUAAUGUGCAUUUUCGGGUCCCUCUUCGUCACCUGUUGUACCAUCAACAUGCUUAACUGGUGUAGUGUUGUAGAAACUACUGUAAUGCUGAUCAAUUUGUUCUUACAAAUUUAUCUGGGGAAAAAUUAGCUUUAGUUGAUGCCAGUUCACAAGACAUACCCUAUGGCUAAUUGAUAGCAAAAUGUAAUUGGCCCUGAAUCAAACAGUAUGUAAUGUGGUCAGUACGUAACGUGGAAAUGAAAUUUCACAUUUAGAAGCACCAUUAAUAUAUUUUUUAGAAAAUUAACUCCUAAAUCCGGCAUUAAAAAUGUUACAACGUGGACAUGAAAGUCGGUAUUGUUCUAUAUUUUUGACUAAAAGUUAAAGUUAAUUUCCUUUAGUUGACCAGAGUCUAAUUCAGAUUAUUUGACUGAUGGUAGGAAGUCCAUAGAACAAUAGCAUUUUGCUUUAAGUAGGUAAAUAAGACCCAC